GCGCCGGGCGGGAUAUCCGCAGUAGUAAGCUAACUAAUAACAUGGCGAAGACUUACGAUUACUUGUUUAAACUACUUUUAAUCGGCGAUUCAGGCGUCGGGAAGACCUGCGUCUUAUUCAGAUUUUCAGAGGACGCAUUCAACUCAACGUUUAUCUCCACUAUAGGUAUUGACUUCAAGAUCAGAACAAUAGAAUUAGAUGGAAAGAAGAUCAAGCUACAGAUAUGGGAUACAGCAGGACAGGAAAGAUUCAGGACCAUCACGACAGCCUACUACAGAGGAGCCAUGGGCAUCAUGUUAGUGUAUGACAUUACCAAUGAGAAGUCCUUUGACAACAUCAAGAACUGGAUACGGAAUAUAGAAGAGCACGCUUCAGCAGAUGUGGAAAGGAUGGUCCUUGGGAACAAAUGUGAUGUCAAUGAUAAGCGACAAGUAUCCAAAGACAGAGGAGAGAAGCUGGCGCUGGAGUACGGUAUCAAAUUCAUGGAGACCAGUGCAAAGGCGAACAUCAACGUGGAGAACGCCUUCUUAACCCUCGCCAGAGACAUCAAAGCAAAGAUGGACAAGAAGCUGGAGGGCAACAACCCGCAGGGCAGCAGUCAAGGAGUAAAGAUUACAGAACAGCCCAAGAAGAGCAGUUUCUUCCGCUGCACGCUCCUGUGAGGAGACGGGAGCAAUCGGCAUCCACCAUCGCCUUAACUGUGUCCCCCC